AUGCAGUUGAGCUCGCUCGACCCCCCGGGUACACGUCGUCGGCUCCCCGCUCCGUUCGCAUUUAGUGAGCGAACACCGGAUGAGGACGAGGUCCUAAAGGCCGUGCGCCACAUGAAACCAUUCGAUACGCUCCCUCGAAUUCUCAUCCCCAGUAGUCGAUAUGCAUGGCGACCGCCCCGCUUGUUUUAUGCAUGGCCGGCCCCGGAGAAGGUCCUGCUCGACUACGCAAAGAAGAACAAGCUGGCUAGGCGGGCUCGGCGCAAACUCAGCCUGACCGCGACCAUGUAUGAGGCGCUACAUGCUAUGAUUCGCGGCGACGGCGUAGCAAGCAUCAAUCCAAGCUACCUCUGGAUCAACCUGUCACCCAUUGGGAUGACAGAUGGUUCGACAAUCCUCGUCUCCGUCUACACGAACUACGACUUGAAGCGCGAAGACCUCCCGUCUGACGAGAUGGUUGAGAAGAUUGGACAGCGCUUGGGCAUGGAGGGACCGCCGAAGUGGUAUUUAGAUGGCUAUCGGUGGUGUUGGGAGGAACGAUGA